AUGGUGGAAGUCUUCACGGCUCGACCGCCAACUCCUCCAAAGGCAUCUCACGGCCUCUUAAAGCGAGACGGAGAACCUCUUCCUGGCCGAUCGAACAUGCUAGGCACUCCUGGUGAAUCUCCCGCGUCCACGGCCGAGUCGAGGGUAUUGAGGUCGAACAAGAAAGUCAACUUUUCCCCGAUAACGAGCUAUAUAAAGCCCCCGAGUUUUUCGAAUCAUACGUCAAUAUCCGCCCCCGAAAUACGAUCCCUGCCUCCUUCCAACGAAUGCAAACCGACAAAGUCGAUUCUUAAAGCCACGAGCACCACUCUGCUAACCGGCGAUAUGGCUUUGACGGAAGAAAGCCAACCACAGUCCUUCGCUAUUCUCUUGGAUUCAGCCACGCAACAGUUGGGUGGGGAGUCUCUGAGCUCGAGGGUGGACGCGUAUAUGCAGCUCUUAGGGGCAUUGAAGGCCUACGAAAAUAUUCCCGAGCAGGAUGCUUUGGCCUCAAAGUUGGUGUCUCUAUUACAAUCUGUACAGCGCGAUAUUACUCGUGAUUUGGGAAAGGGGGAUCUUGUUGAAAUGAACCUGGUCAUCAAUGCGCUAAAGCUUGGGCUAUACAUUAUUUGGAGCGAUGACCUCGCCUCGCAAAUCCCUGAUGACUUCAAGAUCUUCAUAAUUGAUCAGUCCUUGAGUGUUCUGCAGGAAGGCAAGCUGCCAAAGUCCAUUCUCAAUCACUACAUACACAUUCUAUACACCCAAAAUUUCUCACAAAAGACAAUGACGAAUUCAAGAGUAACGCGGAUAUUAGCUGUGCUAAACGACAUCACCGAUCGCGUGAAUGGAAAUGGCAUUGUCUCACAUCGGUUGGUGGUUUAUACCCGACUGCUCAGUCAGUCAAAGUCAGUUAUGGCUUCACAGGCUUCAUUAUGGGUAGAGAACUUUAUCUCAGGCCUUCUUCAUCCAGUGAAAGACACUCGGUCAAAAGCCUUGAUUCUCGGCAACAAGGUCGCACUGUUACUGGGACCCAACAUGAAUAUUUCGAAGUGUAUUUUGGAUAUAUUCAAUAAAGAGCUUUCGCAAGGCAGAAAGCUUGUCUCGGAAAUAUGUGAGCGUAUGUCACGUAUGAUGAUGUCCGUUGAGAGUGGAGUACAUGUGCCGCAGAUCUGGAGCAUUAUUAUCUUGCUUCUGAGAAGCAAAAGGUUCAAUAUUGAGCACUGGGAAUACUUCAAGGAGUGGGUAUUGGUACUACAGAAAUGUUUUAAUUGCAGUGAACCGGCAAUCAAGUCGCAGGCAAUUAUUGGAUGGAAUAAGUUCGUCUACGUCGUGAGCUGCAAUGAAUCGACCAGCAUGAGCAUGUUGAAAAUGCUCACCAAGCCCAUUCUUUCUCAACCGGAGCGCAAGCGCAAUGAGAAAGGCAGUUCCCACAUCACACCCUUGUUUCUUUCAAGUUACUACAACCUUAUCUACUAUACAUUUCGGCCUUCAACUCCUUAUGAACACAUUGAUUUUCUCUGGGAGGAGUACAUUUCUCAACCGUUCGCCAAUAAAUUUGCCAAUAGUCCUCAACUCAAUGAUGCUGCCUGCAAAGCUUUGAGCUCCCUGUUAUGGACUCCACAGCCAAAGGUAUGGACAGAAAAUAAGAUCAAUGAGGUUUCAAGAAUGGAAUCAGAAUAUAUUGUGCCUAUCGAUUGCAGAUGGAUCAGAUCUCGCAUUGUCGUGGUGGUUCAUGCUUUUGAGGUUCUAUUAGCAUCUUCAACUUGGAAAUCUGGAAACGUCUCGGAUUCGAAUAUUGCCUUAGCCUGGACUCAUAUAUGCAAGGCCCUUGGGGAUGCGUCGAGCAAGGAAAUCAAACCGUCAACAGAACUGAUGCAAGCAAUAGCAACCAUACUAGGGCUAUUCCAACGCCUUGUGCUCGCGGGUCCUUCCUCACUGAACGCAAAAACGAACGAAAUCUUUUUGGAGCGCUUCUCAUACCUCUCGACAACACUCAUAUCGACCGUAGGACCCUCUCCAUUCACUGAAAACUUGCUUUUAAAAACCUCGCAAGAAACCUUUCAGGCUGCAAAUACUCCAACACAUCGUCGCUCAAAUGCAGGUGCAAAUCUUGAAACUUCCUUUAUGCAUAUUUUACGCAUGUUGAGUUCUUUUGGGAAACUUUCUGAGCCAAGUCAAAAAUUUCUAGGCGUAAUCGACAACCUUCUAGAAGUCGCAUCCAAAGGCCGACAGUCAAGGUCCUCUCGGCUUGACUUCUUGGAGAAAUGCACAGAAAUCAGUUUGAACGAGGGUGACAGGAACGAAACCACUCCCCCCCUAGACUCCUAUAUUUGGGAGUCAACAGCGAGAUUGACAAUAAACUGCCUUGCCUCUUUGCCAAUGGAAACCUUGAGAGACCGAGAUGGAACCCUCUCCCGUGAUUACGGUAACAUGACAAGCAUUCUCGUCCGCGGUUUACAGUUUGCUACUGCGUCUAUAACGUGGAAUUCGCUGCUUGAUGUUUAUGUCCGCAUUAUACGAAUAGAGAGGGGAGAAUGUGGAAUUUUGACACUGGUUAUUGAGCCCAUCGCCGAUAAACUCAUACAGCUCGAUCGUAAACGGAUAUAUCAGCCAUUGAAGGCUCUUGUCAAUCAAGCAUCAUCUCUUGCCUAUUAUCAACAAAUCAAAUUCCCACCAACAUCAACGGUGUCCAAUCGUGGCGGUUCUGUAUUUCUCCCCGAUAAGCUUCUGGAGCUCCUUGAAAAACUCGUUGCGGAGGCUUACGACCAAUAUAAUGCUUCUGAGAGUUCAGUAUUAGCAGAUGUUGUUGAAUCUUUGACUUCACUUUUGGGAAGUGGUGCCCUGCAGUUUCGCUCUAUACUCCUUGAAAAGCUUCAAGGUCCCUUGGCAUUAUGGCUGCGAGACUCUGCUCACUGUCUUACCGCUGAAAACGGUGCAGAUAGUAGGCUACUAACUGCAUGUCGUACACUUGCCUUGGCAGUUGCAAAUAUCUUGCAGAUGGCCAUACCGCAUAACACAGAUUCACUUCUUACCUUUGAAGCAGUCAUUUCGGCCGGCCUUGAAUCGGUGCACAAAUCAACAGCCAAUCGCUUCAUCGACAUGUGGAAUGCUACUUUUGGACUGCAGGAGUCUGUGUCUUACCCCCCUGGAGUUCAAACUGCUCUUCAGAAGCUUAUUCGACUCGUGGAAUUGCAACUACCUUCCCCUUUACCUAGUCAAGUUGGAUCACAAGAACUCGAGAUGCCCGACUUCGUUGAGUCUCAAGAUACCGGAGUCAGUGAAUCGAUUUUAAACCCUAUUAGGAGAGAUUUCAAACACGUAAACAAUCGACUAUCGCGGCCCACGAAUUUUAGCUCUUCGCCUAUUAUCCAAUCGACUGAAUGGAGCAAUAGCCAUACGUCCACAAAGCAAACUGCCGAUAGCAGCCAUCGUCGAGGACGCCUUCGCCAUGAGGAUUCUCAAAUACAAUUCGUUGCAGUUGAUUCGUCCCCGCGCUCUUCUGACAUUGAGAGUCAGCUUCUUACGGAGCAUCAACGUGAAGUGAAAGAACGACAGCACGGAAACCCUUCUAUGUUCCUAGAAGGGUUACGGUCAUCCUCACCAGCGCUACCUUACCCAGCAGAAGAUACAGGGAUCUUAUCUCCAACUCAAUUGCCCAAGAUGCGAAGUACCGUACGCGAUGCAGAAGCCCCAGGGACACCUAUACUUGCCAACCUGCAGGAUAAUGACGAUGAUUUUCCUGGCUCGUCUCCCACCCCGGGUACAAAAGAACAGAUAUUUCUUCAGGCACAAGGAGGAUCUGCUCUGUCUAUCAACUCCUUGGAUACCGUUCAAUCAGACCCUCCUUCUUCUCCGCCAGAGAUUGCGCCGUCACGCUCAUCUAGGAAUAAACGAGUUGCGCGCCAGAAAUCUUUGCCGCGAAAGUCCGAAUCCAAGAUGCCAAGGGAUGUCGAGAUCAAUGCGGAAGAAAGCAGCGAGGAACCACGAAGCGCGGGAAUGUCUACUAAGGAUGGAACAGAACAUUUAGUUAUCGAUGCUAAGCUAAGUGAAAAUCAAACAGAUAUGUCGCACAAGGAGCAUGAUCCCCACGUUCAAGACGUACCGGACGCAGACAGUGCACCAACGGACGUGAUGCCCGAUACAGACACUGAUGAGUUUGAACAGCAGCUUGCGUCGCAGCUUGAACAAGACUUAGAGCUAGCAGUGGAUUUGAAGAUAUGGAAUGGCAGUCAAUCUGCGCAAUCUCCAGAUAAAGAUCUCCAAAGUGGACCGGUCACCCGGAAACGAAAACGCGAUGCUGAAACCGAAGAAGCGUCGACACCGGGGCGCACAAAACGGCGCUCACGGAGACGGUCAAAGGCUGUUCGCCGAAAAAGUGCUCAAGAAGAAUCUUCCCAAUCGGAGAACGACACUUCGGAACCAGCAACGCCUCAAGCAUCAAUUCCAAAACGGGGUCUUUCAACUCCCCAGUCGUCUCCACUCAAGCAUCAUGUUUCUGUUGAUGAUUUGUCUGACAACGCUACAGACUCAAGUUCGAAAAGGGAAACCCGGCAUGCUAGCCCUGAGGUUUUACCAUCCCCUAUCAAAGCAAAGUCUUCAGGAUCGCACAAGCGGAGAUCUUUGCGGCUCAGUGGAGUCACGGCGAUAUCGCCACCGAAAUCUAAUGAAAUGCCAGGGGCAUCCAAGAACAACAAGAAGCGAUCCCAGAAUAAUAGCAACCACGCUAAGAAAAACAAUUCAGGCUCUCCAGAGAAAGCCCGCAAGGACGAUCUAGUGCAUGAUGUUGCAAUGGCAAAUAAUGACAACGAUGCAGGAGCCCAGAUAACUUCUACUACUUCCGACGCGAUGGACAUAGUCGUCCCGGAAACUACGGAAAAGGAUUCCACAGAUAAAGCACAAAAUCUCGUCGGGCAGGAAGGACAAGAUAUCGGAACUGGUGUUGUUAUGGCGACGGAAGAGAGCCAUAUGGAAACCGCCGAUGCUCCCUUGGUAACUCCUGAGCAAGAGAAGCCAUUCACUACUUACGUUUCUCAAACGGUACAAACCGAGGAUCGAACGGAGGAUGGAGAUCAUAACAUGCGUGUUCUUGAAUCUCUUCGCCGAGUGCUUAGUGAUAUCAAAAACGCUACUUUUGGCCGAGAGUUUCUGAGAGAGAUGGAUGAUGUGAUGUUUGAUAUUCGAGUGGAAGCACACGAGGCGGCGCGAAGAAGUGACGCGUAG